AUCGGAUGUGCCCAGCCCGGUGCUGGGAUCCCGAGUCCCUUCCCAGCCCCGAUGCUCCGUCCCGGCCCCUCAGGAAAGAGGCGGAACCCGUGAUGGCGGGGCCGUUCGAGGAGGUGGCCAUCUACUUCUCCCGCAAGGAGUGGGCAGAGCUGUCAGGCUGGCAGCGGCGGCUGUACCGGGAGGUGAUGCUGGACACCUAUGAGAUGGUCACCUCACUAGGUUGGGCUGCCGUCAAGCCAGAUAUCAUCUGCAAGCUGGAGCGAGGAGAGACACCGUGUGUGCCAGACCCCCCUGUGGCACUGCAGAGGCACUGGAGUCCUGUGCCAGGCGGGUCUCGGGCAUCCGUGAGGUCCAGCAGCAGGCACUGGGUGGGCGAGCGCUCCUUUGCCUGUGCCAGCUGUGACAAGAGGUUUAGCUUGAAGCAAAACCUGAUGAGGCACCAACGCGUCCACACUGAUGAGCGCCCUUUUGCCUGCACUGACUGCGGCAAGAGGUUCAGGUCAAAGCAACACCUGAUUAGCCACCAGCGCGUCCACACUGGUGAGCGCCCCUUUGCCUGCACUGACUGCGGUAAGAGAUUCAGUCAGAAGCAGCACCUGAUCACCCAUCAGCGCAUCCACACUGGUGAAUGCCCCUUUGCCUGUGCUGACUGCAGCAAAAGGUUCAUCUGGAAGAAAGACCUGAUAACCCACCAGCGCACCCACACUGGUGAGCGCCCUUUUGCAUGCACUGCCUGUAGCAAGAGCUUCAGUCAGAAGCAACACCUUAUCACCCACCAGCGCAUCCACACAGGCGACCGUCCCUUUGCCUGCUCCAACUGUGGCAAGAGCUUCACCAGGAGGCAACACCUGAUCAGCCACCAGCGCAUCCACACAGCCGAGUGCUCCUUUGCCUGCACUGAGUGCAACAAGACCUUCAGCUGCAAGGUUGAACUGAUCAUUCAUCAGCGCAGCCACACAGACAAGCGCCCCUUUGCCUGCACUGAAUGCAACAGGAGCUUCAGCCAGAAGGGUAACCUGAACAGACGCCAGCGCGUCCACACUGGCAAGCGCCCAUUCAAUCUGCACCGACUGUGGCAAGAGCUUCUGCAGGAAGGGCUAUCUGAUCAAGCACCAGCACAUCCACACCAGUGA